AUGUCCGGGGCCUCGGGCAGAGCGUCCCUUCCCCGGAUUCCACCUACUAAAACCAUUGUGAUGUACCGCAACGGGGACGCCUUUUUCCCACCCAGGAAGGUCGUGGUGAACCAGCGCCACGUGGCCACCUUUGACAGAUUCCUGAGCGCGGCGACACGGGCCGUCCAGGCUCCCUUUGGGGCCGUGAGAAACGUUUACACCCCUCUGCAAGGACACCGAGUCGUGGAUCUGGAGCGGCUGCGGCACGGAGAGGGAUACGUGGCGGCUGGUGCGGAGCGAUUCAAACACCUGGAUUACUAUAAAAUAACAGCCCAGAAACCACAGAAAAAAGCAAGUGAGCUGAUACAUCCUGUUGUUCACAGUAGAAUAGUUGCUUCCUCACGCUGGAAAAAAGCGGUUAAUGAAUCCUGCACAAUCAAUGUCUUUACCAAUGGAGAUGUCUUGGUUCCUCCAGCUCGGAUACUAAUACCAAAGUACACUCUAAAAAACUGGGAAAGUGUUCUGGCCUUAGUAACACAGAAGGUUCAUCUGCGCACGGGAGCUGUCCACCGACUCUGCACUUUAGACGGUACUCCUCUACUCGGCUCCAUCGAGCUGGAGAACUACCAGUACUAUGUUGCAGUUGGAGCGGAGAGAUUCCGAUUUCUUCCAUACUACCAGUGCAUUCCUAGCAAGAGGGCUGUCCGGGCCAAAGGUAAUGGGGUCCAUCAUGGUCCUCCCCCAAUGGGAAAAUCCAAACACCCAAAGGACAUGCUUUCAGAUCAAAGAGGCCCGUUUCUUGCUGAAGAUCCAGAAGACGGUGAGCUGCUACAAAACCCAUCGGGCUCUCCCUUCUAUUCCAGGCCGGAGCGAACAAAAGCACAGAAGGUGAUCGCCAAAAAUCUGCACUUCCUCUCAACAAAAGACGGAAACAUAUUCAUGGCAAAAAGCAGAAGAAAGGAAAUGAUGGGUGCGAUGGAAGUGCAGGAAGAUGGUCGAAUGAAGGUGGACUUGCCUAUUGAUCAGAUGGAAGCCAAGGUGGUUGAUGAAGAGCAGUAUGAGCUCAUCCAUUCCCGGUCACGAAUGGGCUCCCUAAGAGGGCCUGGCACAUCCAGUAGCGAGACGGUCUCGUGGGCCAUGAAUACAGGCUUGGGAAUGGGCCCCGCGUGCCGCUCCCUGGCAACCGGCUCACAGGUGCUUGACGUGACAGAGGUCCACGAGGUGAAAGGCCCACCAUGGAGGCAGCAGAUGUCACCUGCCUGGUGGGAUCUGCUUGGCACGGGCCUCACGCUUGCAGGUGUGACAGAAAAUGAAGCACCCCCCCACCCCCACUACCAGGUUGACACCUGUGAGGAGGAAGAGGAGGAAGAGUGCGGUAUGCACUCUCAGCCGUUUGGGGGAUUUGACGCACCGCAAGAGGCGCGAAUGGGAGACACUCAAAGAAGACGGCACCGCUGGGAGGGCGGGGGUUGCCGGGGUAUGCUUAAAGCUGUCUUUGUGAAGGAGGGCGGGGUUAAAGGUUGCAGAAGGCUAGUCCACGCACCACGCUGGGUCUGCUUUGAGACUCCAGCAGACACCUGCCCCACGUGUUAA